UCCGCCUUCAUCGGCGCGUGCGAGACGGUGUUGCUUUACUACCACAAAACAACAACCCAUGUCAACCAACUGUCAUGGUAGUUUUUUGUCAGUUUACAUUCGAAUUACGUUGAAUUAAUUUAUUUUCAUGGGUAUUAUUGCAGCGGCCCGUGUUUGUGUUGUGUUAUUCCCCCCAGUUGAACUCUAGCUCGUUUUGAAUAUGGCUAGCUAUCCACGAACAACCGAUAGUUAGCUAGCUGAACCGACUGUCACAACACUGUGUACGUUAUUUUGAUCUCCCUUGGAUUUGAGACGCAGGCUCCCAACAUGUCGAGCUCCACCGAAGUCACCCUGCCACACGAAUGGAACGACGAUGAGCGGAUGAAUUUUCUCUUUUCGGACUUCAAAGAGAACCGCGAGGUGAACACGACGGACUGGGACAGUAAAAUGGACUUCUGGACGGGUCUGGUCCUACAAAGCUGUAGAGAACGCCGAUCCGUGUGUGUAAAUCUGCAGGAUCUUAACAAGACCUUCAGGAGGAAAGAAAGAUCACCCCUGGGCUUGGCAACUGUCAUUCAGUCCUUGUCUAGAUGUGGGAAGCUUCAGAGGGAGUCUGAGUUUGCUGCCAAUGUGGAUUGUGGCUGGUUGUCUUGGGGUGUUGGCCUUCUACUGGUGAAGCCUUUGAAAUGGACCUUCUCCUCUCUACUGGGAAGGAACCGAGUACCUCUGGAGGAGUCUUAUGUUGUCAUUGAACUGGUGAAGGAGAAAGCAGCUGAAGUCCUCAGGAUCUACCAGAGGAGUGAAUUUGCAGGGCGCUCCGUCCUGUCAUUUCAAGAGUUGUGUACGCUGACCUCCAGUGUGUGCGCUGAUGAAAGCACCCUGUGCAUGGCUCUCCUGCAGCUGCAGAGGGACAAACAAGUGAUGGUCUCCUUGCACGAGGGUGAAAAGAUUGUAAAGUUUUGCCAGCCAGGGCAAUGUCGUGUUGCCACGGUCAGUGACGUAGAGAUUGGCAUCUACCAGUUGCAGCGUAGUGAGAAGCUGCUGGAGGCAAGGCUGGAGAAACUGAGCUUGGAGGCUGAUAAGUCCAAAGAGGAAGCAAGAGUUCUGCUUCGAGAAGGGAAGAAAGUACAGGCAUUGAGGUGUUUGAGAGGGCGGAAAAGAGGAGAAAAGAGAGCAGAUGGGUUGUUCUGCCAGCUUGAGUCUAUCAGAGGAAUCCUGGACAGAAUAGCCCAGUCACAGACAGAUGAAAUGGUUUUACAAGCAUACCAAGCAGGAGUGACCAGCCUAAGGUUCUCUCUCAAGGACGUGACGGUCGAACGUGCUGAAAGCCUUGUUGAUCAAAUCCAGGAGUUAUGUGACAAACAAGAUGAUGUCAACCAAACUAUUAGUGGAGCAGUGACCAGUGCAGAUGACGAUAUAGAUGAGUUGGAGGAAGAACUGAAAUCGUUAUUGGAUGAAACCAAGCCGAAUCCUGAAGUUCCACCAGAGAACCUGCCAAACGUCCCAAGUGAUGGCCUACUGGAUUCGCUGCCCGACAUCCCUCACAGUGACCUGACUUUUAGCACUAAGCAUCUGGAGGAACAGCUGGAGCAACUCACUUUCUAAGAUUCAGGGUUCCAACACACGUGUUGCGCAUGGCAACCUGGGAUUUUUGCAUUUUCACCUCCAUGUAAGUUGUUAGUUACUUGCAGAAGUAUAAGAUGUUAGGAAGAAGACAGGUGUAAAAUUGUACAUGGAAACAGGGCACUUUACGUCCUUUAAUCUAAACACUAAAUGCCUUUGCUGUGAUUGCAUGCCAAAGAGGAUUUUUUUAAAUGAAUAACCUUUUCAUGAAGCAAUAUAGCAUUAUAUCUUCAUCUGAAGCCUCAAGUCAGAAAUCAAUAUUUAUGUAUACAAUAUUCUCUUUGGUAUGCCACCACUGGGAAUGAUUUUAAUUUUGUGGUGACAUAAUAGUCUGUCCUUGAAGUGUAUAGUUGUAUGUAAAUGUUAUGUGUUGGGUGUCAAGUGGUCAUUUACAGUAUAUGGAUGUACAUUUGCCAAAUGAAUCAUAUAUAAACCACACGCCCAAGAAAUCUAAAGAGAGUUUAAUUUUCUUUCCUGCAAAUAAAAUGUAUUUUAAUGAAAUGUAAUGUUAGGGGAUUAUUUGUGCUGAGCACUCACUGCCUGCUCAUUGUAGUUUUUGUUGUUUGUAGUUGUUGCAGUUUGUGCAUCCACUUAAGAUAAAUAGCAAUGACGGCAUACAAAAGUGAUCAACACACAGACAGUCAUGUGAUUUUGGUACAUUGAAAAAUCCUGUGGACUUGACAUUUAAGUCUAAAUCAAUGAUUUUUCUUUGAUACUUGUUUCAUACGGUGUGUAACAACAUGAAGGCUGGUUUAAAGUUUAUCAACCUAAUAAUGUAACAACCAAGCAUAUGCAUAGGUUUGACCACCAGGGGUCAUUAAUGUGCACCUUAGAGUUAAAAAAUAUAUUUUUACAUUUAUUUCACUAACACUAUUUUUAUCCUAUUACACCUAAAACGGCUUUCACUCUUCUGGGGGAAAAAAAUCUACAAGAUAUUGAUAUCGUAUUUUCAUGCAGUUCUGUUGCUUUACAUUGUGAAUUGUCAAAGUUGCUGGUUUGCGGCUCUGCUGAUCGUUUCGGUGUGAUUUGGGAAAGGCAUUCAUUCAUUUUCUACCACUUAUCCUCACGAGGGUCGCGGGAGGUGCUGGAGCCUAUCCCAGCUGUCUUUGGGCGAGAGGCGGGGUACACCCUGGACUGGUUGCCAGCCAAUCACAGGGCACAUAUAGACAAACAACCAUUCACACUCACAUUCAUACCUAUGGACAAUUAACCUAGCAUGUUUUUGGAAUGUGGGAUGAAAACUACCCGGAGAGAACAUGCAAACUCCUAGCUGUGAGGUCUGCACGCUAACCACUUGCCCCCCGUGCAGGGCAAAGGCAUUCAACUCAAUUUAAUUUAAUGAUAAAUUCAGGGUCAUGUGUGAGUUGGAGCCUAUCCCAGCUGACUUUGACUUGGUCACCGGUGAAUCACAGGACACAUGUCAUGGACACUCCUAUUCACCCUCACGGACAGUCGCAUACCUUUGGACUGUUUAGGUUUGAGGAAACCUAUACAAGCAUAGGGAGGUGCAGGCUUUAAGGGACACAUGCAAUCCAUACACUGAAUGACAUACGUUAUUACAGAAAGGGAGUAGGCAAACAAAAAAAGCAUUGCUUUAUUGUAUGGAUUAUUGAAGGACAAGUGUUAACGUGAAAAGCAGGAUAUAAAGUGACAAUAAUUACCAUCUGAGGUGUUGUAUUGGCUAAUAAAUUAAAAAAGCAAUCCCUUACAAAUGUAGUCUUUAUAAAGUACAAUUAUUAUCACAAAAUCUUAUUGGAGCAGUGCUUUUAAAAAUGCCCUUUUUUUUUAAAUCCCAAAUAACAUGGAGAUGGUUUUGCUGAAACUUCCAUCUAUGUUAUCUCCCUUCUUUCCCUCCAGAAAGACACCCUUGCAUGUACACACACUUAAGUGUGUUGAUGACCUCCAGCUUGCAUUGAAUUGAAGCAUAAAUACAUGUGCUGUUGCCAGUUCAGCAAAGAAAGCUAAAGGAUGUCUCUUUCAACUUGAUUAUGCAACUUACAGUACUGUCAUGUUAUUAAACUGCUAUUGCAAAGCGGGGCGGAUGAAAGACAUUCAGAAAGUAUUAGUUGGAAUGUCAUCCGAAAGCGGCUGCAGACGCGUCGUUACAGUCAGUUGAAAAGACGAUACGUAGAGAUAUUCUCCAUGACUACACUACACAGCGUGUGCGUGUUUGCACCUAGCAGGCACUGAUGCAGAUAUUUGGCUGAGGAUUUGUUGAAUGCGCCACACAGCACAGUAUAAUGUGUGUAUAAUACAACACUUAUAAGAAACAUUUGGCAUGCUUCGCAGUAGUCCUUUUUCAAAUGUGCCUGAAGAUGAAAUAAAUGAUGUCAUUUUCUUUUCA